AUGUCUAAAGUAGAAGACGCAAGAAAAAAAAAAGAUCAAGAAACAUCAACAAUGGUUCAAACAAAAAUCUAUGAUACUCCAAAAGUUUCAAAAGAACUGGUUACAACAUGUGAAAAACCAUCAUUCAAACGGUUGAUUCGAGGCCUUACAUCAGAUUCUAUUGUACUUCCAUACAGAAAAGCACUUGUUAGUGAACUAAACCAUAAAUAUAAAGCUUAUGUAGAAAUGUUAACUGGAUUUAUUGAAAAACAAAGUUAUGUGUGUGUUACUGCUGACAUUUGGAGUUCCAACAAUAAGAGCUAUUUAGGAAUGACUUGUCAUUUUAUCGAUGAACUUAACUACAGUAGGUAUUCUUAUAUAUUAGCUUGCAGGCGUAUAAAAGGAAAUCAUACUUAUUUAAAUAUUGCCAAAGUAAUCAAUGAAAUAAUGCUUGACUUUAAAAUUGAAAAUGAAAAAGUUACCCAUGUAGUUACUGACAAUGCCUCAAAUUUUGGCAAAGCAUUUCGUACAUUUUCGAAACAGUUUAAUGUGCCUGAUGAUAUACAUAUUUCUGAUUCAAAUUAUUUAGGCUUAAUGAGUAGUGAUGACUCAGAUAGCGAUGUUAACAUAAGUAGUGAUGAUGAUGUAAAUGAUUCUAAUCUUGAAUUGGACGUUGUAGAUUUGUCUUCAUUGUUGUUAAAUCAUAAAGAAACAAUUACUAAUACAAUUUCUCUACCAAGUCAUUUAACAUGUUCAGCACACACGUUAAAUCUAAUAGCUUCAGUUGAUACUGCCAAAAUAGUUGACCAAGCCUAUAAUUCAAUUUCAAAAAUUACAUUUAAAAAGUUAUCAUCAUUUUGGAAUCUACUUAGUCGUAGUACUGUAGUCUCAGAUAAAGUUUUUGAUUUAUGUAGUUGUAAAUUUCCAGUUCCUAAUUUGACAAGAUGGAAUUCUAUGUAUGAUGCUGUAAAUAAAGUAGUUACAAAUAAACAGAAUUUAGUCUUGGUGUUUAAUGAGUUAAAAAUGAAAAAAAUGAAAAAAAAUGAAUGGAGUUUCUUAGAAGAAUAUUGUAAGGUGAUGGGUCCACUUGCAAUUUCAUUGGAUAAAUUGCAGGGUGAAAAGUCUUGUCAUUUAGGUUUUGUUGCCCCCACUAUACUGGCUUUAAGACUUUUAUUAAUACAGAUGAAUAACUUGGUCCACUGUAGACCUUUAUGUUUUAAUAUUGUAAGCAGUUUGGAAAAAAGAUUCGAUUACGUAUUAGAUUUAAAAAAAGUCAAAAGUAAAUCCUUCAUUUUAUCUUCAAUAAGCCAUCCAAAGUUCAAACUAUCCUGGGUACCCGAUAGAUACAAAUCAUAUUGUAAACAAAUAUUUUUUGAUGAGUGCUAUUUAAUUAAUACUGAUAAAGAUGCUGUUUUAAAUACUGAGGAAAAUGUAGAUAGUGAUAGUAGUGACCAAGAGUUUUUUCAAGUCCUAUCAGAGAAUUGUUUAGAUGUAGAAAUUGAUAUUCAAAGCAAUCAUAGUUGUAUUAAUGCUCAAGUUAUGGAAUAUUUAAAUUCAAAAAAUAAAGAUUUUAAUGUUCUUAAUUCAUUUCCAAUCAUAAAAAAAAUUUUUUUCAAAUACAAUACAACACUUCCCUCUUCUGCACCAGUAGAGCGUUUGUUUAGUAGUGGUUCGCAGAUCAUGACACCAAGAAGAAAUCGUUUAAAUGAUAAAACAUUUGAAAUGCUUUUGUGUUGUAGAUGUCAGAAUCUUAAUUCAAACAAGUUCUAA